UUGAAAAUGACGAAUAAUAAUUAUGAUUCUCAGUGAUAUUCUUACCUCAGGAUACUUGAGAAAUGCUCUCUGUUAUUUCUUGUUGAUACUAACGGGUUUAAUCGUGCACAUCCUAAAUACUGUACUUCUGCAACCAUAUUUGUUCUGGAGGAAGUACAAGAAGUAUCCGAAUGUAAUUACCAGGGAGUCCUUCAGUCCCAUUCUUGGUGACAUGAAGGAGCAUAUAGACUCAAUGAAGGAAAACAAAGUACACUAUUCAUAUAUGAAGAAUGGGGCUGAAAAGUACAACAAGCAUGACCUUAGAGUAACUCUAGAUGGAAUUUUCCCGACCGUAAUGAUUUUAAGUAACAAAGCACUUGAAGAGUUCCUCAGCAUGCAGGUUACAAAAAUAGACAGAGAUGACCUUAACUCUGGAGUCUCAGGGUUGAUUCCUCAUUCUUUAGUAACCAUGCCUUCGACAAAGGAGGUUAUGAGAAGAAGGAAGAACAUGCUCUCUUGGGUCUCACUGAAUUCGGCUUCGAAGUAUAUCCCUCACAUGCUGAGGUGCCUUGAAAAAGUGGGUAAUGAUAUGAAGACAAAACAAAAAGUUGAUCUUGUUCACUCGAUGAAUGUCGUGACAUUUGAUGUAUUUUCAGAUAUCUUGUUUGGUGAUGACGUCAAAGAGCUUGUAUCCAAACUCUACCCUUAUGAGAAUCCUGAUGGCUCUAUAGAGAUGAUAGAGUUGAGAGAAAUGCUUAUCAGAUUGACCAAGUGUCAUAUCAGCCAUUUCUUCCAUCCGCUGUCACAUAUGUUCAAGUUCCUGAAGAACAGAGGGCUAGUAAACCCGUUCAAGAGAGACGCUAAGAACGCAGCUGAGUUCAAGAGAGCUAUUCUUGAGAUUGUAAAGAACUCAAAGGAACAGAAGGCUGCCCACCAUAUGUUCAGUGAUCCUUUAUCAAAUGAGGUACAAAAACUCGACGAAGUCUGAGGAGUGAUGUUAGCUGGUUCAGAGACCACAUCCCAUUCAUUGGUAUCUUGUCUCUAUUUCCUCAACAAGAAUCCUGAAACUCUCAAAAAAUUGAGAGAAGAACUCAAUGCGAAUGGGUUCACAAAAGAGAAGAGCUUUUAUGAAAUAUGCACAAUGGAGAAGAUUCAAAGCAUGACAUAUCUAACUUGUUGCGUCAAAGAAGCUUUCAGAUGCGAUAUUGUUGCUCCUAGGAGUUUUUCUUAUGCAGCCUUAGAAGAUAUUGAGAUCUGUGACGUACCCAUUUCCAGGGGGACCAAGAUCAGGAUUGAUCUGUCUACUUGCCACUUCGACAAAAAUAAAUGGCUUGAUGAGUAUGAGUUUAUCCCAGAGAGACAUGAUUUUGAGUCUGAGUACUAUAAGAGAACUAAGCAAACAGGAAUCAAACCGGACGUCUACUCCAGAAGGACCUUCAGUCAUGGUAUGAGAAGUUGUCCUGGUCAAUCCUUCGCCAUGCUGGAGAUGAAGGUAGCCAUAGCUUAUCUAGUGACCCACCUGGAUAUCCAGUUUGAUGAAGAACAACUGAAUAACAAAGAUAUUGGGUUUGGCCUUGGCAGUCAUUUCAUCCCACUGGUGACAGUAAAAGAGCAUUAAAAGUUGCGAAAUUAUUCAAUUGAGAA